AUGAGAAGGGAACAUGAUGUAGAGUUUGUCUUGCUGCCCGAGUUUGACGAUAGCGGCCUCCAGAGAUAUUUUCUGGCUCGGUGCCCGUCUCUUCCCCCUGCUAAAGCACCAAGCAUGAUCUUCCAAAAACAGCCUGACAAUGCUCCUGCUGUGAAUGAUGAUGAAAUUGAUGGGACUAGCGUAGGCAACGGAACGGCCAAGAUUGCGGUUGAAGAGACUGCCGAGGUGCAGCAGCAGCAGCGGUUGGGCCUGACGGAGCAGGUUGGAGCAGGCGAGGGCAUGGUGGUGCUGGUGGUGGCAGGCACGGCAGCAGGCUGCGCGGACCCCUUCAUUCAGCGCCUGGCGAGCAGCAUUGCUGCUAGAGGUCAUACCCCCGUGGUGCUCAAUUUGAGAGGCUGCGGUGGCAGCCCCGUUACAUCCCCACGCUUCUUCUCACCAGCUGACAGCGCGGACGUGGCACUGACAGCCAAUUUCCUCGCAGCUGCCUACCCGGAUUCCCUGCUAGUGGCCGUGGGAGUCGGCUUGGGGGGACAUGUGUUGCUGAGGCACCUGGGGGAAGCAGGGAGGGGGGAGAAGGGGGAAGAAGGGGGCCCGGGGGAAGCAGGGAGGGGGGAGAAACGGGGGCCGAAGAGGAGGAGGGGGAAGAGAAGGAGCGGAAAGGCAAGUGGGGAGCUGGUGGAUGGCUGGGGAGGGGCUGGGCCUGGGGGAGAGACUGGUGGUGGGGCUCAGGGGAGUUUCAGUGGUGGGUUGCUGAAGCAAGGCGAUGGGGUGUUGGAACAGGGCUCGGGGCACAGGGGUAUCGAAGCGGCUAUUGUGGUUGACUCGCCCUCCUGCUUGCAUCACCACCAUAGCCACCCCAACCAUCUCUGCCCUGACGAGGAGGAAGAAGUUUCCAGGAAGAUGGCCCAGGAUUACCAGCAUCUCCUGCGCACGCAUGAGAUGAUAUUUUCUGACGCGUGGGGCCCUCACGAGCCUUUCGACCUGUCAGCAGCGCUGGCAGCUUCGUCGCUCAGCCAAUGGGACGACGCCGUGUCACGCCGUGCCCUGGGCUGCGGGUCGAUCUCAGCGUUUUAUGCUGCAUGCUGUGCGUGUGGUGUGCUGGAGCACAUGUCCGUGCCCACUCUGUGCGUGCAAAGAGGGAGUGUAAUUGCAGGGAGCAGCACUGCAUGCGCCACUGCUGUUCCCUCCUCGUCCUCUUCCUCCUCUGAGCCUUCUGUCUGGCGGCCCUUCCUCACCAACUGCAACCUCUCUCUCUGUGUGUUCUCCAACACAAGAACUGUUUCGAACACUGCUGCUGCCGCCGCUGCUGCUACUGCUGAUGGUGAUUCUCCUAAUGGUCCCGUUGCUGCUGCUGCUGAUGGUGAUUCUCCUAAUGGUCCCGUUGCUGCUGCUGCUGAAGGGAUCAGUUCGUCUGUUCCUCUCUCUUCCACUCAUGCCUGGGCUCCUGAUUUCACCAACCGUGUGCUGCAAAUCGUGGAUGAGUGGUUACCAGCUGUCGAGAGUGCUCUGCUGCAGCAACGAUUGAAGGAGAUCAAGCAAGCGCGGGACAAGGUUAAACAGGGCAAGAGGAGGGCAUCUGCAUCAGGAAGCCGAGACUGGAGGCAUCACAGUGACAAGCAGCACACAGGGGAAGCGAGAGAGGGUUGGGGAGCGAGGAGUGCUGGAGAAGGAAAGGGGAACACAGGAGCAGGGAGUGGAGGGGAUGGAGAGGAAGAGAGGAGUGGGCAUGCAUUGGAGGUGCCUCCUGACGGCAAUGCUUUAAACUCUCCUUCUCCACCCACAUCACCAUUUUCACCUGACGAUACACCUGCUCAACCUGCCCCUCAACUUGCCCAACCUGCCCCUCCGCCUGUCCAAACAGCCCUUCAGCGUGCCCCUGAACCUACCCAACCUACUGCUGGGCCUGCUCAACCCUCCCCUCCGCUUGUUCAAGCUGCUUCUCCCUCCAUCCAACUUGCCCCUCAGCCUGUCCCUCCGCCUGCCCCUCGAUCCGCGCAGCCUGCUUCUCUGCCUGCCCAACCUGCUGCUCCGUCUGUCCAACCGGCCAGCGCAUCGAGCCAACCUGUCUCAACACCUGCGACUGGUGUUGGCAGUUCUGCUUCAGCAGCCUCGUUAGGUGCUCCUUCAGGUGCUGCUGGGCUUGCUCAACCUUCCCCUCUGCCUGCCCAACCUGCUGCUCCUUAUGGCCAACCGGCCAGCGCAUCGAGCCAACCUGUCUCAACAGGUGCUGCUUCAGUUGCCUCCUUAGGCGCUCCUUCAGGUCCUUCCUCGGGUGCUCCUUCAGGUCCUUCCUCAGAUGCUUCUUCAGGUGCUUCUUCAGGUGUUUCUUCAGGUACUGAGGUAUCAGGAAUUUCCCUGCCAUCACUAGCACAACUGCACAGGGGUAAUGUGAACUCAGUGGGGGCGAUGCAGGGGGGUGCUGCACACUUACCUACAGCAGCAGCGGCUGCAGAUGUUUCACCAGAAACAGCAGCGGCUAGAAGUGAGGCAGCAGCUGCAGCAUCAGCCGAAACAACAGCAGCAGCCGUAAAAUCAGAAGCAAGAGCGGUUGCAUCUUUAGCAGAGACAGCAGCAGAGAAAGGAGCUGCAGCAGUAGCAGCAGAACUGGCAGCAGCCGCAGCAACAGGAGCAGCAGAUGAAACAAACGCAGAGGCCGAGGCAGCAGCAGCAGCAGUGGCAGCAGCACCGUCGGUGGCACAGUGGGCGGAGGUGGCUCUGAACCUCGUGGAUGCAGCCAUGCCUGGUGCUGUGAGCAAGGGGGAGAGGGCGCAGCUCUUAGCAGCCAUAACGAGGGGGCAGAGCAUAGCAGAUGCGGUGCAGCAGGUGUUGCCACCAGAGCAGCACACAGCAGUGGCCACCACUCUCAGGCACUGCCUAGAGGCCGCUCAAAGCUCAGCUGCACUGGAAAGCACUCUCAAGCAGGCGGCUUCUCUCCUUCCCCAGGCACGUGCGAUUCUUGAGGCGCCUCAGAAAGAGCCACCUAAAAAAGAGGCGCCUCAAAGCGAGGCGCCUAAAGAAGAGGCGCCUCAAUUUCCGGUUCCUGCUGUGGAGCGGAGUGAGCAGGAGCAGCAGCAGCAGGAGGAGGAGCAGGAGGAGCGUGAGAAGGGGCAGUGGCAAGAGCAUGAGGAAAUGCAACACCAGACAGAGGAGAACGAGGCGCAGCAGCAAGAGAAGGAGCACCAGCGGCAGAACCAGGUGCUUGACGAGUUGUGGAGCGAAAUACCCGACCCCCCUCCUUCCCAAGUCUCCUCUCCAGCCUCCCCAGCCGCCCCCACACCCCCUACCGCGUCACAUCCCCCUGCCGCCUCCCCUCCCCCUGCCUACUCACCUCCCCCUGCCACCUCGUCCCCUCCUGCCACCUCGUCCCCCCCUGCCACCUCAUCCCCCCCUGCCACCUCAUCCCCCCCUGUCACCUCAUCCCCCCCUGCCACCUCGCCCCCCCCUGCCACCUCACCUCCCCCUGCCACCUCAUUUCCUCCUGCCAAGUCCCCUUCCCCAUCUCCUGUUCCACCCUCUCCUCCAUCUACCCCUCCCCCAUCGUCCAUCCCCCCACCUCCCAGCUCUGCAUCCGCCAUCAGCAGUCUCCCUGCUCCUCCUCUCACCUCCCCUAAUACCCCUGCCCCCAACCCCCCUCCCCCCACUCCCCCUCCCCCUACUUCUCCUUCCCCCAGCACUCCCGCCUCCACCUCCACUUCCCCUCAUCCCCCUUCAGGGGCUUCCCCCUCUUCCUCCCCUACUCUCCCCAACUCCCCUUCUGCUACCCCUCCGCCCUCCAGCCUCCCCCCAACCUCCCCUUCUCCCACUUCUGAUGCGCCCUCCCCCCCAACCCCUUCCCCAGAUCCCUCCCCCGCCUCCCCUCCUUCAGAAUCUCCACUUUCCCCCAACCCCCCUCCUUCUCCCCCCCCACCUGCAUCCUCCGCUCCUCUAUCUCUCAGUGGGCUGAAUUUGUCUGUAGCGGUGCAGGCGUUAUCUGGGGUAGAUGAUAACUCGCAGGUGGCGGUGGCGAGUGUGUUCGAUGCUGUGGGUGGGAUUUUAGCAGAGCUAAAGCAAGAAAAAGAGAAACGGGAGGAGGAGGAGGAAGAGAGGAAGGAGGAGGAAAAGAGGGAGGAGGAGGAAAAGAGAGAGGAGGAGGAAGAGAAGAGGGAAGAAAAGGAGAAAGAAGGUAAGGAGACAGGGGAAGAGAAGGGUAAAUUACGGGAUGAGGAGAGGGAGGUACGGCACGAGGCAAAGAAGGGGGAAAAGGAGGAGGGAAACAAGGAAUAUGGGCGACGGGCCUUCUCAACAGGCUCUCCCAUGGGUAAGAUGGUGGGCUCUGCUACAGCCAUGGCUGCUACAGCUCUGGCCAUGAAUGCUACAGGUGGGACACAUGGAACGGCAGCAGGGGCCGGAUCUGCAACGCCUUGGGUGGAGCAUGGUGGGAAGGUAGUGGCAGGAGGGGAGGGGGAGGUAGGGGACGCAAGAGGGGCUGGAGCAAUUGCAAGAGAAGGGGCAGCAAAAGCAGCAGCAGCAGCUGGAACAGCAGGUGGUCCAGCAGCGGAACUAAAGCAGGGAGCAAAGGAAGGAGGAAGAGGAAGUGCCGAGGGAGGAGGAGAGGGACGUGGGGAGGGGGGAGCAGCAGAGGGUGCAGGAGAGGGGAUCUUGGAAAUAGCAGAGAGGGCGAUAGAAGUGGCGUCCCCUGUGAUUCCCAGGAAGCAGGACGGACAGAUUGACCUCAAGAGGUUAUCCGAGAUGAUACAGCAGUGGGGAUCACAGGGGCGCAUGCUGAGGGUGGUGGGGAAGGCGGCUCUCUUUGCAGAGGGGCUGUACGGCGCCGUGGGGCUGUGCGAGCAGCUCAUUGCUCUCACCGACAUCCACAAACGGGCACUCACCACAAGGCUCCUCUUCUCACUCCUCCUCCUCAUCCUCCUCUGGUCGCCCAUCCUCAUCCCCCUCCUCCCCUCCCUCAUCACCACACUCACCUCCGCCUCGGCCAAUCCCGCAACGCCACCUGUCGUCACCACAGCCCUGCUGGCCGUGGGUCUGUACAUAGCCCUGCUGCUGCUGGUGCGCAUCUGGGGCAGGAGGGUGCGAAGAUACGAGCACCCGAUUGAGCAGUAUGGGUUGCGAGUGUUCGAGUCAACACAGGAGCUUGCAUGGUUGGCACAGGGUCUAAUGCUCGGUUCAUCCCUGCUGCUGCUGCUCCACGCCAUUCAACUCCAUCUGCGCCUCACCUCCCUCAACCUCCCCUUCGACACCCUCCCAAGCUUCCACCUUCCAUCCUUCCACCUUCCAUCCUUCCACCUUCCAUCCUUCCACCUCCCAAACCUUCACCUCCCAGCCUUCACCUUCCCAACCUUCCACCACCUUCCCAUCCUCCAUCUCCCAACUCUCGCCCUCAUCCCCUCACACCUUUCCUCCGCCUUGCACUCGCUCCUGCUUCUCCUGCACGAAGCCACCUCCUCCCUGCCUCACUGGCUGCCCCUACAUUUCCCUCCUCCCUCGACCUUCUCAGCUACCCAGUCCCUACAAGGCCCAAUCCUCGCUGCUUCCGGUCUAUCCCAGCCAUGCCAGGCCUCUUUCUCCUCUCCCUCUUCCUCUCCUUCCUCCGCCAUCGCUGCUGCCCCAGUCUCUCCCUCCCACCUCCCUUUGUCUCCCGUUCACAUCCCGUCCCGUCCCCCUUCCCCUCCCCCUCCUCCCACCUCCCACCUCCCACCUCCAGGUCUAUCCCAGCCAUGCCAGGACUCUUCCUCCUCUCCCUCAUCCUCUCCUUCCUCCGCCAUCGCUGCACCAGCAGCCUCUCCCUCCCCAUUGGCCUCCACACCAGCCUAG